CUAACUUACCUCCCAGAAGCACUGCCUAUGCACUACAACACGUCAUUACUCAAACCAAAGCAAAAACAUGCUUUAUCCCUAGAAGCAGAUUCAAACACACUCAUCUUGGAAUAGCUUUUAUAACAUUUGAAAAUGAGGAAGACAUGAUCAAUACGAGCACAACCAAACUAAUUUUGGAUAAUCAUCAACUGGAAUGGAUUAGUAGCAACACCAAAACUUGUUACUACUACCAUAGCUCGACUCACACAAUUUCAAAAUGCUCUACAAAACCAAUAAAUCAUAACAAAAAUGAACGCAAUAACAAUAUGUCCAAUAGUUCACAACUAAAAGAAUCAAACGACGAAACAGAGUUGGAUGAAAAUAGCUC